CGGGAACCGUUUAGUACCAUAUUAACGCUCAUUCAGCCCGGAAUACGAAGUACCGCAAAAAUGUGCACAAUUUGGUGCAACUAAGGCAACUUUGCGCAAAAUAAGAAGUUGCUGCGAGUGACCGAAAUUCGGACUUGAAUAAAUUUUCUCCCAAUUUGUCGAGAAAGGUCAUCCUUUCAGACCGUGCGAAUUGAGUUAGUUGGAACAGCGGUGCCACCAUGAGGUGGAGUGGAUAUUUUCUGAUUUUGUUCAGUGUCGGGGGUGCGAUUGGGGUGUCCUCUCGCUUACCCCGCACGAGCGCCGCCCAGCUAGCCGCCAGUGCCAGUGCUCAGAACAAAACGGUUCAACAGUUGAGGAGUACCACCUCCUCCAUCAACAGAACAAGCACCAAAGCGCCUAAACCCAGGGGAACUUUGAAGUCGUUGCCCGUCGAAGAACAAACCGUUGAAACCAGGGAACAGCAACUGUUCGGAGUCUUCGAGUCCAUCAUCUCGACCCUCGAAUCGAAGCUGCAACGAAUCGAGAACCUGGACAAGGCGGUCGAGCAACUUAUGCGAAGAGUUGAGGGUCUGGACUCGCGCGUCAACAAUAACAUCGACAAAACCGAGUCAGUGAUCAGCAAGUUGCGCAACAUUGACUCUAAGCUCUUUCAGAGCCUCAAUCGGGGCCCCUUCGACUCAACUGAAGUCGAAUCGGCGGUCCUGGCCAAAAAGCUGGCCUCGUUGGACCAAAAAGUCAGCGACAUCGACUCGAAGUUGAACGUUCUGAAGAACCAGCUGGACAGCAACUAUCUGCAGAAUGAGGACAUCAAUGUGGAGGCGAGCGAAAAGCGGUCGAUUAGUAUGACCGUGCCGGAGAUCUCAAAGGCCCUGAAUACCGAGGUGCUGAACCACGUGACAAAAGAGCUGGGUCAGCUACGGGACGCCACUAACUCGAUCGACAAAAAGCUGCAGUACCACAUUAGCUAUGCAACGGAGAACCUGGACAAAGUGAUUUCCAUGGUAGCCGAGGUGCAUCGGGCGAUCGUGGACGACACGAAGCAACAGAACGGAACCUCCAAUGGCAGUACCACCACCAGCAAGCCGGAGGUCGGUCGCACCAGCAAGCUGGAAAACUUGGUGCAGCAGAUGAAACCUAUCAUGUCGGUGUCAGAGAAGAUGGACGAGGUGUGGAACGUGGUGGUAGGCACAAAAAGUUCGGUGGACGACCUUUUGCCCAAGUCGGACGAGCUGCUGACCCAAACGCAGCGCCAGGAACGCGCCAUCGGGGAGAUCCACAACGACUUGCGGUCCAAAACAAACAAAAUCAUUGCUAACUUGGACAAAGUGGAAAUGCGCCUGAAGAAGCAGGAAGACGACGUGGCUAAUCUGGCUCAACGACCAGUACCUGCUGACAUUCUCCUAUCGGAACCCAGUUUGGAUAUUCCUGACUACGACGCCACUGGCUUUGAAGAGGGAUUCACCGAUACGACACUGCCCGUCACUUAUGCAACCCAGCCGACCCCGUCAACCAACCAAUCGACGUUCGUUAUUCAAAAUGGUAACUAUAGCAACGUGGCAAGCAACGGCAAUGUUUCCGCCACCACGGAAAAACGUCCGGAUAAGCGAAAAGGUGGCGUCAUCUUUCCCAGUGUGAAGAACAAGCCAGUGUUGAACAACUCCACAUUUAUUACGUCUGAUGUGGUAACCAGCGUCCGCGAUAUAAGGGGUUAUUCAUGUGCCGAUCUGUACACGGCUGGAAUGCGGAAUUCCGGAGUGUAUUAUCUGCAAAUCAGAGGUACCACCUUCUGGUUCCUGAAAGUGUUCUGCGAACAGGAAAUUGCCGAUGGAGGAUGGACGGUGAUUCAACGAAGGAACGAUUUUGGGAUUCCGAGGGAAAAUUUCAACAGAGACUGGAACGACUACAAGAACGGGUUCGGAGAUCCAGCCAAAGAGUUCUGGCUGGGCAAUGAAAACAUCUACAUGCUCACCAACAAUGAGGAAUAUUCACUGCGCGUGGAGUUGGAGGACUUCGAGGGCAACAAAAGAUACGCUCAGUAUUCGCACUUUAAAAUAUUCUCGGAGGCCGACUACUACAAGCUGGAAAUUGAUGGCUAUGAGGGAAAUGCCGGUGACUCGUUGAACGAUCCUUGGUAUGGCAGCAACAAUAGCCCGUUUUCCACAUACAACAGGGACAAUGACCGAUCCAGCUUGAAUUGUGCUUCAAUGCUAAAAGGGGGAUGGUGGUGGAAAUCGUGUGGCAGAGGGCUAAACGGUCUGUACCUGAAUGAUCCACAAGAUUUAACAGCUAGACAAGGCAUCGUCUGGUUCCGGUGGAGAGGCUGGGACUACACGCUCAAAAAGUCCGUCAUGAUGAUAAAACCGAAAAACUAUUUGAAUGGAAGUUAAGCGACUGACCAUGUCGUCCACAUCAAUCAUCCUGUACAAAUUGUAUAUGUCUCAACGAAUCAAUGCCAAUUUAUAAUCACAUAAGCCAUAAAGCGGGGCCAAAUUACGAAAUUUCAUCGGUUAUCAAAGGAUUGGCCACCCUGUAGAUACUUCGGCCCGAUCUAUGCACUGACGUCUAGAUAUAACAUGUAUAUAACGACGGAAAGAAAAUGCAGAAAAAGUAAUGUAGGUCACUAUGUAAAUGAACUGACGGUACCAGUUUCGAACUCUUAAUGAAUGCACACACUCUUAUGUAAGAUAAUUAGUGCGUUAUGUAAACCGGCGGCCCUUUGAAUUGGCAGGAUAUACACAAUCACUAUUUAAAGGUUCACUUAUCAGUUACGGUUUCCCAUAUUCAUCCCAGUUAAUCAGUAUUACUAUAUAUGUACAUAUAACGUUUUAAGUUAGAUUAAUGAUCAUAAUAUUUAUGCACUUGUUCUAAUCAGUGUUGUCGAUUGGCUUUUUGAUUAUUUAAUACUGCGACUUACGGGUGCUCCAUUUGGCACUAUUACCAAAAUUACCAGAAAUUUCCUUGAUUCUGAUAUACGAGGUCCGUGAAAAAAUACUGAUUAUAUAAAUCUGUGCUCACAACACUGAUACUGUCCAUGAAUCAAGAGGAUCCAAGAGAAUAAAGGGACAUUUUCGUACAUACA